AUGAGAGUUUUGAGUAAUAAAGCUACUAAGUUGAUGUUGUGUUUGAACUAUGGGCCAAAUAUCCUCAGGUCUCAGGUUCAAAUUCUAGCAGAGGCUAAAACAUGGGAUGUUCUUUUUUAUCUUUGUGAACAGAAUUACCCGGUACCUAUAUUGGCGGGAGAUAGCAGAUUUUUCUUGGAGAUUUAUUGUUUCUCAAUGUCUACUAGGGGUGAAAAGUGUGAUUGUCAAACUGCACCUCUAGAUAUACUUUGUAGCCUUCCCGAGAACGUAAUAGAUGAUAUCCUUAUGCGUUUGCCUUUACGAGAUGCUAUGCAGACAAGCAUCUUAUCAAAAAAAUGGAGGUAUAAUUGGUGCAGACUUCCAGAAUUGACGCUUGAUUUAACAAAUUUGAUAUCAACGAAGUACUCAAUACCCCCUAUGUUCAAAUUUACUAACAUUUUCUACCACCUUUUGACCCUACAUACCGGACCAAUUACUAAGUUUGACCUCUCCUUUAGUUCUAAUUUGAUGCCUUGUCCUACCAUUGACAACUUGAUAUAUUUUCUUUCUAGAAAUGGCAUUCAACAUCUUGUUCUUAAACUUUCUAGCAGGGGUGGCCCUUACAAAUUACCUACUUCACUUUUCACAUGUUUUCAAUUGAGGCGUCUGACUCUCCAAUACUGUUCAAUAAUUCCUCCGCCGACCUUCAAAGGAUUCGAUCAGUUAACUAUCCUGGAAUUACGUCGCGCCACAAUUACAUCCAAAUUUCUUGAAAGUUUAAUCUCUCAUUGUGGAUUACUCGAGCAGUUGGUGCUGGACAUCUCAGAUUUAAGUGGCGUCGUUGAAAUUAAUGCUCCCUGGCUGAGAUGCUUCAAAUUCGCAGGUGAAAUAAGUUCCAUCUAUUUAAAGUAUAUCCCUCUUGUGACAGAACUUUCACUUGCGGAUAUGGAAUGUUAUGAGGGGCCACGAAUAUGUGAUAUUGCCAAGUAUUUUGAGUCUUUUCCUGCUCUCGAGCAUCUCAGGUUGAAUCACGGUAUUUUGAUGGUAAAUCUCCUCUCAACACUUACUUUUUAG